GCUCCUGUUUGUUGUGACACUUGGUGGCGCUUUUCCCGAAAGAGCAUUUUAAAGUGUGUGAGUGUUUGGUUUUGGUCGUCUGUUGAUUCUAAAAAAUGGAAAGAGAUGCUGAUUUUCUUGGUCGUUACAGGAGUAUUUCUGGAAAACUUAAAAGGCGAUUUCUUCGUAAACCAAAUGUUGCUGAGGCCAUCGGACAAUUUAAUGCUUUGAGUAAGGUUUUAGAAGUGCAAGAAUGCUCUCAGUAUGCUGGACUAUGCUGCUUAGCCAUGGCAAGGUGUGAGCACACCUUAGCUAAUGCACCUGGUGAAUCGAGUGCUCUAAUAGACGCUGCACAGCAUUUCCUCGAGGCGGAAAAUAUCGACCAAAGUACUAGUUGUCCAAAUUUUGAAGAACAUUUGUCAGCAGCAGUGAAUUGCUAUGGUCAUGCUGUCAAGGUUCACCUGGAACAGAAGCAACCUGCUCUAGCUGCAUCAUUAUGUCUGAGACUAGCCAAUAGCCUGAAGGGGUUAAACAAGGCUGGAGAAGCAUCGCUGCAUUACCAGCGAGCAGCUCACCUACAGUAUCAGAGCCCAUUGGACUGUCUUCAUUCUCUAAAUCAAGUAGCAGCCUGCAAGAUUGAAUUGUGCGAUUAUGAUGCAGCUUUGACUGUGCUGACUGAGAUGGAGUACCUUGCCCGGGAGAGGAUGACUGUUGGGCUCGGUGGCCGCCCGGUCGGUGCUUUCAUGGACAUAUUAGGCAACUGUGAGAUAAGUAGGGUACUGCUGCUUAUGCUUCUUAAGCCGACCCCACAGAGAAUUCGACCUGAGCAUGCCCAGACACUGGAACGAUAUUCAUGGGAAAGUAGUGAAGAUACAACUCCAGACUGCUUGAGUGAAACAAUGUUCUUAUUGCUUCAGUCAUUAGUUAUGGCAUGUCAAUCAAGAGACAUUGAGGCACUGACUGCCUUACAGCAAGAUCUCUGGCCUUUAUUAUCUUCUACACACAUCCAUCUUCUUCACCUUAUUAUCAAGACACUAACCAAUCCACCAGUACUGAGUAUGGAAGAGACCUAGAAGUGGCUAGCUAGCCGUACUCCAUAUAGAUAACAGAACGUGGAAUAGGCUAUGCGGUGAAUAUAGGCACAAUCCAUUUUAAUGCACCAGUGUGACAGUUAGGCCUAGGUAUGUCACAUGACAAAAAUUGGGUGACGUUUUCUUUACAUCGGAAUUCUGUGGAGAUAAUAGGAGAUAUCCAGCCAAUGACGUUACCCUUUUCGCAGUUGUUUUUUGAAGAGGUUUUCUUGUUUCAGAAAAUUUAUUUCCAGUUUCGUUGUUUCCAUUCACGCUCAUUUGAAUGACUCAUUCAUAGUGGAGGUGCUGGGAUAUAUUCAAAGGAAGGCUACAGCCACUAGAAUGAUUUUGACCAAGACUAUACGUUGGUCAAGAAAUAGUAGUAUUUUUGGUGUGAAUCAUAUCAGGGGUAACAGCCAACUCCAAGACUUGUUUUGUAUGGGGGUCCGUCUAGUGAAUUGGCAAGUACGCUGAGAGACAGUCCCCUACUCUUUUCCGAAGAGUGUACUGCAUUCUUUCGGAAGAGUACACAGGACAUAUUGCACCCAGGACCAACGGCUUAAGUACAUAUCAGAAAGACAGUGUCCUAUCGUAACUUCGACUGAAACAUAAAGAGAAAAGCAGAUGGAAUUGAACAGGGGACCAGAAGAUCUCCAAGGUUCAGUGCACGUACAGUUGCUACCACCAGUUUAGCUGGCUGAGCUCAGCUACUGGACAAAUCGUACCAGUGGUGUUCGCGUUAAUUAUGCAGUAGGUUUUAAGAUUAUACGCCUGUACUGUCAGUAUAAUAUUGUACUGUAGAUCCUGUGAACGGUGCAGUGAUGUGCGUAGUAUUAGCAUGAACUGAGGUAGAAGUAAACGAGUCAUGCUGUUCGCGUUCAACAUAUCUGCUCGGGAAAUAACUGCCUGGUUGUUCUUCCUAAGCAACAUUAACUGGGUCUUGCAGGCCGUUCGUCUUCGGUAAUUUCACUAAGGAAAACGGUACGCAGGUUUUUUGCACUCGAUUUCUUGUGGGGGGGGGUUCAAAGUGAUCAGAUACUUUAUAAGUUUGACUAGUAAUCCAAUGAAGAGCGAACUAAAAAUAUUUUUGUUUUUGAUUUCUAUUUAUAAGCUGAAAUAUAUGAUCAAAAAAUUAAUAUCAGACAGGUUGUAACAUCAUGCUAAUGUCCGAUACGCCUUAUUUGGUCAUAUGGAGCCCCCUCUCUCAGUGAAUAAAAUGCAAUUUUUUGUCUAAUGUGUUGGUCAUAUAAAGCAUGGAGUACGUUUGCUGAUUGGCUAAUUAUUUUAAAUCCAUAUUUUUGGUUUUAAUGUUGGUUUUUCCAAACAGGAAAAAAAUUAAUCAUAUUUGGUAUCCCUUGGACUGCACAUCUAGUGAGAUAUCUAGUCUCACAUUUCGAAUAAAUUUCCAAAAAACAGCGGCGCCAGCGGACGGGACAGAGGUGGAAAUUGUCGGCUUGGUACUUCACAGAAGAGGAUUCCUUCAACAGAUGACGAAGCAGCAUAAUUUUUACAACUUGUAUACAGUUCAUUUAAAGUAAUAAUAUAUAAUAUAGAGAGAGAAAUGUAGGGAUAGUGGUGAACAAAAUAGACGUCAAUACCUGUAAAACCAAAAUCCUUAUUUCUAUUAAUAUUGAUUUAUUACUUAUAGUUAAUACAAUAUGUGCAAUAAGGUUCAAUAAAAUACAACUUCGGGCCUUUUA